GGAGGAGCUUCAGUUUGAUAGAAAGAAAAAACUGUUGUAAUAGGGACAAGGGGAUGAAGAGGGGAAGAGUUAAAUCAUCUCUAUAAAGGAGUUUGGUCACAAAGCUGCCAAGGCUCAGCAGCCUGUCCACUUUGUUUAUUUCUGAUGAUGGAGACUCUGGAAGAAAGUGAACUUUGCUUUCCACAGCUCUUCAACACCUCUUGUAGGAAGCCAAAACGCCCGUACACUGAGGCUGUACUUAUUUACACACUGUUGGCCUUCAUUUCUCUGCUCACUGCGACUCUCAACCUGCUGGUCAUCAUCUCCAUCACCCACUUCAAGUAAUGACAAAUUUAAUCAUUUCAUGAAAGUGAAAGACAUAUCAAGUGAAUGUUACACAGAAGGAAUAUAAAAAAUGUUCAUUUAUUUUUAGAUUUUUUACUUUAUUAUUUCUGUUGUAUAUCUGGUAAGUAUUAUAAGGUCAUCAUAAUUGAUUAUAGACAAAUAACAAUAAUAAUGCCUUUCUUUCUAUCCAGGCAGCUUCACACUCCCACCAACUUCCUCCUCCUCUCCUUGGCCAUCUCAGAUUUCUUAAUCGGCUUCCUGAUGUCCUUUCAGAUGCUCAUAAUAGAUGGCUGCUGGGUUCUUGGUGACCACAUGUGCACUUUAUUUUGUGUUUUAGACUUCAUUACUACCUCUGCCUCAGUAGGAACCAUGGUGCUCAUAUCAGUUGACCGCUAUGUAGCUAUUUGUGACCCUCUUCAUUACUUCACCAAAAUUACUGUGAGAGAAGCAACAAUCUGUAUUUGUCUUUGUUGGGUCUGCUCUGUUCUAUACAACGGUCUCAUAAUGAAGGAGAACUUGAAACAACCAGGCAGGUAUAAUUCUUGCACUGGAGAGUGUGUGGUUGUCAUUAAUUACAUUGCAGGUGUUGCUGAUAUUAUUUUGACCUUUAUUGGUCCUGUCACUGUCAUCAUAGUUCUGUAUAUGAGAGUAUUUGUUGUGGCUGUGUUUCAGGCUCGUGCCAUGAGGUCUCACAUUACAGCUGUCACACUAUCAGAGACUGUGCCUGCUAAGAAAUCAGAGAUGAAAGCAGCGAGGACUCUUGGCAUCAUUGUUAUUGUGUUUCUGACAUGCCUUUGCCCAUAUUUCUGUUCCUCUCUUGUAGGCCAGAACACGUUGUUUAAUGUUACAUCUGCACCCUUAGAGGUCUGGCUUUUUUAUUUUAACUCCUGUUUAAACCCAUUAAUCUAUGCUUUUUGCUAUCCCUGGUUUAGAAAAUCAAUUAAACUCAUUGUAACAUUGAAGAUACUCCAUCCUGACUCCUGUGAGGCCAACAUAUUGUAGAGACAGACAUGUUUUCUGUGAAAAAAAAAUGAAGUGUUGGUUCAUAGAAUGCCUUUCAUAAUCCCCUGUAAACUCCAGCUCAGGCAAAGCCACUGGGUGAUUUGACCAAUAAAUUUUGUUCUACAGUCAGAGGGUUGAGUAUUAGUGGUAUGCUGAAAAAAUUACCUUUACAUUUAUUUUAAAGAUAACCCCAAUAUUGUUUUGCUCAAAUUCAACCAAUUUCAACCAACAGCAUCAAUUUAGUAUAGAUAGAUAGAUAGAUACUUUAUUGAUCCUUAGGUAAAAUGAAGAGCCAGGCUGAAAUAAACCCAUGAGAAGAACACUUUA